AAUUUAUAAUCCUGACGAAUUUAAUUGAGUUUUUAGUGGAUAAUCUGGAUCUCCUCGGAUAAUUAAACACAGCACUUGCCAGUUGCCAGUUCACUCUCUUUUCCCUUCACCUCCCAUUCACAACCUGUUACAUCUCUAGAUCACCGACCGACCGACGCUCGCUAGCUCACUCUCGCGCCUGUGCGAGCCUAGCUCGCUUGUAUUCUUCGAUCCCAAAGAAACCACCACCCCCGCCAUCACCACCACCACACCAAUCAAUCAUGAAACCACUCAUCAACACAGAUUUCAUUAAAACCCCACAAAUCCUCAAAAUCACAGCCUUCGCUUUAAUCUCAAUAACUUUUUUCUACGUAGGCAAACACUGGUCCAACAGUGGCUACCAACAACUCCUCUUCUUCUCCACACCACAAAACUCCAUUUCCAUCUCUCCUAACAACGACAAGUCGUUCAACAUCACCUCUAUAAUUUCCCCAAACCAAUACGAUCACCCCCCUACAGAACAAGCCAUAACCCUGACUCCACUGUCCAUUUACCCACCUCCCGAUGAAUCUCCACUGUCCAAUCCCAACCGGACGUUUGGGAUCAUUGAUUCCGAUGGCAAAAUGACUGAUGAUUUCGAGGUUGGAGAGUUUGAUCCGGACAUUGAGGAGAAUUGGGGGAAUGAGACUGAAAUUCAGAGUGCAAGUACGAAUUUCAAGGUCAGGGUUAGGAAAUAUGAGUUGUGUCCACGGAGCAUGAGAGAGUAUAUACCGUGUUUGGAUAAUGUGGAGGCUAUUAAGAGGUUGAAACUGACGGAGAAAGGGGAGAGAUUCGAAAGGCACUGUCCAGAGAAGGGGAAGGGACUCAAUUGCUUGGUUCCUCCCCCUAAAGGAUACCGGCAGCCAAUUCCAUGGCCGCGGAGUCGUGAUGAGGUAUGGUAUAGCAAUGUUCCUCAUACACGAUUAGUUGAUGAUAAAGGGGGCCAGAACUGGAUUUCUAAAGAGAAAGAGAAGUUUAAGUUCCCCGGAGGUGGUACACAGUUCAUACACGGGGCAGAUAAAUAUUUGGAUCAGAUUGCUCAGAUGGUCCCAGAUAUUACAUUUGGUCAUCAUACUCGAAUGGUUCUAGAUGUUGGAUGUGGUGUGGCAAGUUUUGGUGCCUAUUUACUAUCACGGAAUGUUAUGACCAUGUCUAUUGCUCCCAAAGAUGUUCACGAGAAUCAGAUUCAAUUUGCUCUCGAGCGUGGUGUACCUGCAAUGGUGGCUGCAUUUGCAACUCACCGUCUGCUAUAUCCGAGUCAAGCAUUUGAAUUGAUACAUUGUUCAAGAUGCAGAAUCAAUUGGACUCGUGAUGAUGGAAUUUUGCUUCUUGAGGUCAAUAGGAUGCUCCGGGCAGGAGGAUACUUUGCUUGGGCAGCACAACCAGUUUAUAAGCAUGAACAAGUAUUAGAGGAACAGUGGGCAGAGAUGCUUAACAUCACCACACAUCUUUGCUGGGAGCUUGUUAAGAAGGAGGGAUAUAUUGCAAUAUGGAAAAAACCCCUAAACAACAGCUGCUACCUAAGCCGUGACAAAGGAGCAAUACCUCCAUUGUGUGAUCCAGAUGAUGAUCCUGAUAAUGUUUGGUAUGUUGAUCUGAAGGCAUGCAUUAGUCGACUUCCGGAAAAUGAAUAUGGAGCAAAUGUUCCCACAUGGCCUUCUCGUUUGCACACUCCACCUGAUAGACUCCAGAGCAUACAAUAUGAAUCAUACAUAGCCAGAAAAGAGCUAUUGAAGGCAGAAAAUAAGUUUUGGUCUGAAACAAUAGCUGGCUAUGUCCGGGCUUGGCAUUGGAAGAAGUUUAAACUUAGAAAUGUGAUGGACAUGAAAGCUGGCUUUGGAGGAUUCGCAGCUGCAUUAAUUGAUCAAGGAUUUGAUUGCUGGGUUUUGAACGUGGUUCCUGUAAGCGGAUCCAACACCUUGCCUGUUUUAUAUGACCGUGGACUCUUGGGAGUUAUGCAUGAUUGGUGUGAACCUUUCAAUACAUACCCAAGAACCUAUGAUUUAUUGCAUGCAGCUGGCCUCUUUUCUGUUGAAAGGAAAAUAUGUAAUAUGUCUACAAUCAUGCUUGAGAUGGAUCGCAUGCUUAGACCUGGUGGUAAAGUUUACAUUCGCGACUCUCUUGAUGUCAUGGAUGAACUUCUACAGAUAGCUAAAGCCAUGGGCUGGCAGGCAACUUUGCGCGACACAUCUGAGGGUCCUCAUGCAAGUUACAGGAUCUUGACUUGUGACAAGCGCCUGUUGCGUCCUUGAAUGAAUGCAAUCUAAAAGCUAGCUGUGGUUUUCUGGAGGUAGUUGUAAAGAUCAGAUCAACUACUUAGAGAUAAUGGAGAAAAGAUGGCCAGGAAAAGCUGGAUUUCGAAGGAGAAAGAAUUGUUUUGAUCCUGUAGCGAUAAGGCCACUGGGCGACUGAGCUUCAUGGACUUCACCCCAUGUCUUUUGAGGACUUACCACGUGGGUGCAGAUCCUGAUGUCAGAACGUCGUAACUGGCUCAUCAUGCCAAAAAGAGGGCCCUUUAUAUUUGUCAUGUAAUUGUUUUAAAACACAAUGUCCAUAGUACAUAGUCUACAGACUGCUUUCUCAAGUUGAAAACAUUUGUAUUGUAUAUUCUUUACUAGUUAUUGAUCUAGAAAUAUACACAAAUAUUCAGGCUAUAACUUUCUUUAUUUU